ACAAGUUUGAACACUCCCCCCCUUGCAGCCAAGGCACACUACCCCGAUCCGGAUACUCUUCCCAUGCUGCUUGAAUACGCGUUUCCUACUGAAAACAACACCUUUUUGAAGCUAUUUGUAAUGCCGGCACGUAAAGAACUCUUACUGCUGAUACGUGCACGUAUCUGCGAGCUUCACUCGAUCGGCUGGAGUGCUCGACGUAUACAUCUGAAGCACCCUGAUAUUUGUAUCUCAACGAUUCGUACUACGAUUCGCUGGUAAGCCUUACGUGUUGAUCACGAAUCGAGACCACGUUUAGGAAGGCCACACGCUCUUUCAGAGGAGUAACGUGAUCACGUCUUCGAUACUUGAACGACGAUUGUAAAAAGCGGUGUAUAUAAAGCCUCCUUCGAGCGAUAGAUAAAAAGAAGUGGCUUCAAAGGAAACGACCCUUUAUUACGCCCGCACAAGCAAAGGCUCGACUCGACUGGGCUAUUCGAGUACAAGUAUAUACGUUGAACGAUUAGAAGAAGGUCUCGUGGUUAGAUGAGUGUACAAUCGAGAGAGGAGUAGGAGUGAAGCCGGUAUGGACUUUUACUCGUCCUCGAGAUCAAAUAGCAGCUGGAGAUAUCCAGCCUGUUCGAUGCUCAGGAAAAGGGGUAAAGAAGAUGUUUUGGGCUGCAUUUGGACACAAUCGAAGGACGGGAUUAGUACCUCUCGAUAGAGAUCCUCAAGCAGCUCGAAACGGUGUAACUUCGAGGGUUAUUCAAGCCCUUUACGAAGCUUUUCUUCCAGAAGUCGUUGUCGAAGGAGGGGAAUUUAUACACGACAGCGCUGGGCCACAUCGAGGGAAUAUAGUUAAACAACUGCUUGAAGAAAUGGCUAUUCGAGUGAUGGAAUGGCCUCCUUACUCGCCGGAUUUAAAUCCAAUCGAGAACCUCUGGGCUUUAGUAAAGGCUGAGUUAUAUCGAUUACAUCCUGAGCUCGAGCACGCUGAGGAUACAGAUGCGACUCUGAAUGCCUUGAUUCGAGGAGCACAGGAAGCGUGGCAUAAUAUUGAUAUUGGAAUUUUAUAUCGAUUAGCUACUACAAUAGAAGAUCGAGUACAGGCAGUAAUUGCCUCCGGAGGGUGGUAUACAAAAUAUUAGAAUAUUCUUUAUUUACCCUUAAAAGCAGCGG